AUGGCUCCUUCGAUACUGGAGGUCCGAGCUUCGCAGUCUAAAAUCAACGUCUAUUUAGAUGAGUUGAACUCGAAUCUCGAGGAAAGGGACCGGUUAGUAGAGGUUUUACGGCUAACUCCUUCUGCAAACGAUAACUACGAGCUAAUCAGCCUACUCCAGAAACUCGUCAAAUACUUCAAAUAUCUCCAACAGGACCUCAUAUCGUUGAUCAAGGUAGGAGAGAAUGUCGAACAGUACAUAAAUCAGUUCCGGGAAGCUGUAGCCAAAUAUGAAGACGUGCACGAGAAACUCGCAGGGGACUCUUCAAUCAGUGUAUCCGAAUACCAUUUCACGCCCGCAGAAUUUCCACAAAGAAAGACCCCCAUUUCAUCCGUGCGCUUUCAGGAGGACAUUUUAGAUAAGGAUGCUGACGAUCAUUUCCGUAACGAAAAUUUCAAGCCUUAUUCGGACGAGGAGUCUUCUAACAACACAGAUUCUGAGUCGUUCGAUGCCCAGACGAACCAACAUCUUUUUGCUCAACACCAACAGACUAUUCUAGAACAAGAUCAGAGUCUAGAUGUGCUCCACCAGCUGAUUAUUAGACAGCAUACCAUGGGCCAGAGCAUUAACUCGGAGCUCGAUGACCAUCUCAUUCUCCUCAACGACUUGGAGAAUGGUGUUGAUGAUGCCAAUUACCGUUUGAAUACCGCUGCCAAUCGGUUGCAUGAAUUCCGGAAACGGGUUCGUGAAAACGGUAGUUUGGUCACAAUCAUUGUUCUCACAGUGAUCUUGAUAAUGUUAUUGGUGGUGUUGAAUUAG